CUAAGAAAACACAUUUCCAUGUUUAUCACCGCAAUUACAUUGCAAUCUGUCUACUCUCAAUUAAAUUAAAAUCCCCAAUCUACCCCUCAUGCUCUGCAAAUGGUGGCUCUCCAAUGGCUCAGCUUAGUGGCGGCGAUAUGGCUGCAGUCGGUGAACGGCACCAACUUGAACUUCCCGGCGUACUCCUCCCGCCUCAAACAGCUCCUCUCCUUGUCCCAGGUCCAGCUCAACGACCUCGCCUUCGCCAACGACGCCGGAAAACUCUUCGGCUGGUUUUCCGGCAUAGCCGCCGCCUACCUCCCCCUCUGGCUCGUCCUCCUCAUCGGCUCCUCCCUCGGCUUCGUCGGCUAUGGCGUCCAGUACCUCUUUUUAAUCAACCGAAUCAGUUCCCUGUCUUUCCAGCAAGUCUUCCUCCUCACCGCCGUCGCCGGAAACAGCAUUUGCUGGAUCAACACCGUCUGCUACAUCGUCGCCAUACGAAACUUUCCGCUCGACAGCCAGGUCGCCGUCGGGAUAUCCACCAGCUACGUCGGCCUGAGCGCCAAGAUUUUCACCGACGUCGUUGAGGCGGCGAUCGGCGGGUCGGCGUCUCCGGACGACAGAGCCGGAGCUUAUCUUCUGCUCAACUCUGUUCUGCCGUUGGUUGUCUCCGUCGUGGCCUCCCCCUUCACCAGAGACGCCGAGAUCGGGAAAUCAAGAAGCCUCGCCGGCGGGUUCGGCCUGAUGUUCGUGAUUACAAUUGCCACCGGAAUUUAUGCCGUGAUCACAAGUGUGGGUUCUUCUUCCUCUUCGAUUUCAAGAAGCUUGAACUUGGCCGGCAUGGCGGUUUGGAUGGCGAUUCCCCUGCUCGUCCCGGUGACAGAGCAGAUCAAGGAGGCGUGGCAGGGGAAGUGUCUGUUAAGGCGGGACGUGGGAGUUUGUAAGAAGAACAAUUUACCUGCGGCGGGGGAGGAGGGAGGGGCGGCGGCGAAGGAGGAAGAGGGGAUUGGUGAGAGGGAAGAAAUGGGAGCAAUGGGGAUGGUGAAGAAGGCUGAUUUCUGGAUAUAUUACAUGGUAUAUCUAUUUGGGGCGACAUUGGGGCUGGUGUACAUGAACAAUUUGGGGCAGAUUGCGGAGUCCCGCGGCUGCGCCGCCACGGCGUCGCUGGUGUCGCUGUCGUCGUCGUUCAGUUUCUUCGGCCGCCUUCUUCCGUCUCUCUGUGACUCGAUCAUCUUCUCCAGGUCAAGGUCGUCGGGAAACCAGCCAGCCGGACGGGAAGAGAGCAAAAUAUCGAGAGCGGCGAGCAUAGGGGCGGCAAUGGCGCCGAUGUGCGGGGCCUUCUUCCUGCUCCUCCACGGCAGCCACAUAUGCCUCUACAUAAGCACGGCGGUGAUAGGGACGUGCACCGGCGCAAUCACCUCCCUGGCCGUCUCCGCCACCGCCGAGCUCUUCGGGGCCCGCAACUUCGGGGUCAACCACAACGUCGUCGUCACCAACAUCCCCAUCGGCUCCUUCCUCUUCGGCAACGCGGCGGCCAUCGUCUACAAGAGGCAAGGCCGCCGCCAUGCUCACGGCGGCGGCGGCGGCGGCGGUUGCAUGGGGACCCAAUGCUUCCACGCCACGUUUCUGCUGUGGGGUAGCCUUUGCUCAUUGGGCACGUGGUUGGCGCUCCUUUUACAUGCAAGGACUAGACGCUACUUUGCUUCUCCGCCAGAAAUUCAAGAAAUAAAUUAAGUAAAAAAAAUUGUAAAUUAGUCUCUUUCGAAUUUAAUUAAUUAGUUGUCAUCUUAGGUGUUAGCUAGCUUAAUUAAGUUUAAUGUUUAAGCGUACGGAACCUCGAGGGUAUCUGUGCCAUAGUACUGGUUUUUUUAAAGACCAUACUCCUUAUGAGAAAACAUAUAUUUAAACAUAAUAUAAAAUUAAUAUAAUUGAGUUCAUUUA